CCUAUAUAUUACUACAUUUCCACUGAUGGUCGAGCAAAAUGGUUGCCAUGCUAGGGCUGGACAUAGGUAUAUAUGGCUAGUAAGGUGGGUCUUUAGAAGAGGGUAAAGCGAAUCUCUAAUUCAUCAAGAGUGAUGCAAUACAAUAAGAAAAAAUAACUAGUUAGAAAGCUGAUACAAAAAUAUACUGAUUUCCAUCAAACUGUUUUUCAUCGAAUAGUUUUAAUUAAUCAAAGGGAUUGGUGAGGCUACACGGCGAGAUCUUUCAUCGAGCCGCCCAAACCAUCCGGAUCAUAUCGCAAUAGUCUUUCGGCGCUGUCUCCAUAUAGCGGUAAGAUGUAGACGGUAGCACCGUCUCUUAUCAACGUGGCGAAACAUUGCAACUUUUGGUGGGAAAAACCGUUAAUUCAAAUAUAGAUUCCUGUAAUUUGAUUUAUUAGUAUGCUAUUUAUAGUAACAAUGUAUUUUAAAUACUGAUUUCAAUUUUAAAAUUAUUUUCAACUCCUCCUCCUCCCCCUACUCCGAUACAGCGGUCCUAGCCGGCAUUGAACUGUUCGCUUAUAGGGACGUACAGAAAUAUCGAUAUUCUACUUUUCGAUAUUCUACUUUUCGAUAUUUCGUUAUAUUAAAAAAGUCUUUCUAUUUAGAUAAUAACUAUCGAUAUCAAUCGAUAUUAAAAAAAUAUGUCGAUUCAUUCCUACUUUUUCUUCAACGAGGAAGAUAGGGUGAUAUAAAGAAACAGAGAUAUUCUUAUCCCCACUUAUUUUUACUCCCACUAUAUCAAUGUCUAGUCAUAUAUAGUAAAAGCCACUAAAAGUAUUAGUUCAGAAUGGCCGAAGAAAAUAAUUUACAAACCCUCUCUCAACAGACCAGUUUUACUAUUCAACAUCAAUCUAUACUUAGUAUAUUACAAUCUCCUCCUAGGGAAGAAGAAGAAACUAUAACCUGCGAACAAUAUACAAAAGAAAAUAUAGAAGAAAUUAAGCGACUGUUUUGUGCUAUUUGUCAAGACAUGGUUGAUUGCUACGAAACAUGUGUGCCAAAUACAUGUUCACACUUUUUUUGCUUAAACUGUAUAUUAACAUGGAAUGAUGUACGUUACGAUUCAAAAAUGACAACUAAGUGUCCACUAUGUGGUUUACAUUAUAAAUAUUUAGUGCAGUUUCGAAAAGAUAUAAUUAGAUAUUACUUUGUCCAGAGUAUAAAAAGGGGAUUAAAAUAAAUGUGACUAUAAAUAUUUGCAGUUUUAUUUCACAUCAUGUAAAAAUUCUAUUGAUUUAACACAAAACCGAUUAAACCGAUUGAUAUUUCAAAACAUUGCUCAUCUCUAAUAUAAAUAUAAAAUUUAAAAAAUAAAACCAGUAUCACAGGUUCAACGAUCUCAGAGAGAACCGAGAACAAGAUACCUGCAGAUAUAAUCUCAGAUCGACCUCGCCUCUGUCGACCAGUUGCUUAUAAAAGACAAAGGCAGUCAGAUGGUUUGGUUGUAAAUUUCGCACCCAUUGCAAUAAAAUUAAGGGUAUUUUGAUAAACAUUAUUUGUGUUAGUUAAAGUUAAUAUCUAUAGUUUUGUCUUAAACAUCAUAUGAGAGUAGCUUGUAACUAGUCAAGUUUUUCAACUGAUGGCUUGGAAAGUCUGCUGAAAAAAGGAGAGAUUUUGUGAAAAUCGGGAAUCACAUGACAAAAGAUCGAUUUUCGGCAGAAUCAGAAUUAAAUUGAAAGAUGUUUAUUUGCCCAUCCUGUAAAAAAACCUUUACUCGUAAAGACAACCUAUCUCGCCAUUUAAAGAGUGCCUGCAACAAAUCUUCCUUUCUAAACAGAUGGUUGACAAAGUCUACACCUGAAGAAAAAAAGAAAUAUUGUGAAGAAUGCAAAGAGUCAAUAUCACAAAAUUUAUGGUUUGGUCAUCUGCGAUCAAACACACACAAAAAUAAUUCUAAAAUAAUUGAACAACCUGGAGUACAAAUUAUUAAAUCUGCAUUCAAAGAACGAAUAAUAACAUAUAGAUUAUCUAUGGAGGAGAUGAUCUUAAAUGUUAAAAAUUACUUUAUAAAAUUGGAAAAAAAGAUUCUUCGUAUAUUUGAGGAUCAAUUAAGAAAACACACAUGCCUUAAAAUUAAUAUGGAGCUUUUUGGCUAUUAUUAUAAUCCAAGUACUGAUAAUCAUGAUGUAAAAUCAUUCAACACUCCAUUUAAAGUCAUUUGCAAUAGUGCCGAAACAAAGGAUUUGAUAGAAGAAUUUGUAACAGUUAUUGACAAUAAGGCAGAUGAGUUUGCAGAAAAAGAUUCGGGAUGGAUCUUACUUAAUUUUAUUCAUUUGGAAAUUAACAUUAAUAAAUUCAAUCCUUUGAGAGCAUCAUCAUUUAUUGAACUACCUCCUGAAAUAGUACGACGUCAAGCUGUAGUUAACAUAAGAAAUAACGAUGACUACUGCUUCGCAUGGUCCAUAGUUGCAGCUCUUCAUCCUCCAACAGGUGUUGACUUUGUUACAUCAUCAUACCCUCAUUAUUCAACGGUUUUGAACACUGCAGGUAUUGAUUUUCCAAUAACAUUAAAAAACAUUAAAAAAUUUGAAAAUCAAAACAAUAUUUCUAUUAAUGUAUACGGUUUAGAAAAAUAUUAUAAUAAAAUUUCUAAAAAUGAAGAAUAUGAAAUAAUUGGUCCUCUACAUUUCACAAAUGCUAAAAAAAAUAUUCAUGUUAAUUUAUUAUUGAUAAACGAUGAUGAUGGAAAUCUUCAUUAUUGCUACAUUUCCGAUCUUUCUAAAUUAAUUUCUAAACAACUUAGCAAACACAAUGGUAGAAAAUAUUUAUGUGAAGGAUGUUUGCAAUAUUUUGAUACAGAACAAAAAUUACAAUACCAUAAUAGUUAUGAUUGUGAUCAUGUUAAAAUUAAUUUACCUUCUAAAGAACUAGUUAAAGAUAAAUAUGGAAAUGUGGCAUAUGAAAAUAUAUUAAAAUAUACAAAUUAUCAAAAACAAAUGGAAGUUCCUUUUGUGAUUUAUGCAGACUUUGAAUGUAUUUUAAAACCAUUAAAUAAUAAUGAAAAUGUAGAAGAUCCAAAUAGUUCAUAUACUGUAAAAAAUUUUGAACAUAUUCCAUACUCUUUUGCGUAUUAUGUCAAAUGUUCAUUUGAUGAUACAUAUUCUAAGUUUGAAAAAUAUAGAGGUUUGGAUAGUGAAAAAGUUUUUAUAAAUUCUCUAGAACAAGAUGCGUUAAAUUUAUAUCAAACAUUUUUAAAGACUCCUAAGAAAAUGAAUACUCUAACUGAAUUAGAACAAACUACACAUAACAAUGCCACAAAAUGUCAUAUUUGUGAUAAACCACUUUUAGGGGAUAAAGUUGCCGAUUAUUGUCACAUUACAGGCAACUAUAGAGGACCAGCUCAUUCUUUGUGUAAUAUAAAUUAUAAAAUUCCUAAUUUUAUUCCAGUUAUAAUGCACAACUUACGUAAUUACGACAGCCACCUAUUUUUAAAGAAUAUGUGUUCAAAUAAAGAACAAAUAUCAGUAAUUCCACAAAAUAAAGAAAAAUAUAUUUCCUUUGAAAAACAUAUUCAUGUAGACAAUUAUUUUGAUAAACAUACAAGAAAUUUAAAAAAAAAGAAUCUAUCACUUAGAUUUAUCGACUCAUUUCAAUUCUUAUCAUUUUCUUUAUCUAAACUUUCAGAUACCCUCAAAGAUGAACAAUGUAUAGAAAUAAGAAAAUUUUUUAAUGAUGAGGAACAUUUUAAACUUAUUCGUCAAAAAGGUGUGUUUCCUUAUAAUUACAUCGAUAGUUUUGAAAAAUUAGAGGAAAAAUUUCUCCCUGAAAAAGAUCAGUUUUUUAACAGUUUAACAGAUGAACAUAUUUCUGACGAGGAAUAUGAAAGAGCUCUUAAAGUUUGGAAAUUAUUUGAAUGUGAAUGUAUAGGACAUUAUUCAGAUAUAUAUUUGCUAUCAGAUACUUUACUUUUAGCUGAUAUUUUCGAAAAUUUUCGAAAAACAUGUUUGUCUACUUAUAAACUAGACCCUGCACACUUCUAUACUUUUCCAGGGUUAAGUUUUGAAUCUUGUUUACGUUAUACAGGCAUAGAACUGGAAUUACUGAUAGAUCCAGAUAUGAUACAUUUUUUUAAAAAUAGCGUUCGUGGUGGAGUAAGUUCAUGCAUAACACGGAAAUCUGAAGCAAAUAAUCCUUUUCUAUCAAAAUUUGAUUCAACAAAACCUAAUAAGUAUAUAAUGUACUAUGAUGCAACAAACUUGUAUGGUUUUGCAAUGUCCCAAUAUCUGCCAACAGGUGAUUUUGUAUGGUUGUCAGAAAAAGAAAUAAAAGAUCUAGAUAUUUUUUCAAUUUCUAAUACAUCUAGCAAAGGUUAUGUUCUAGAAGUUGAUUUAGAAUAUCCCGAACACCUUCAUGACUACCACAACGAUUUCCCUUUUUGUCCAGAAAAUUAUAAACCACCUAAUUCAAAAUCUACAAAAUUAAUACCUAAUUUAAAUAACAAAUCAAAAUAUGUAAUUCAUUACCAAUUACUAAAACAAUGUCUACAAAAUGGCCUUAAGUUAACUAAAAUCCAUAGAGUUUUACAAUUUUCUCAAUCUGCUUGGUUGAAAAAAUUUAUAGAUUUAAACACAAAGUUACGUAAUGAGUCUAAAAAUGAAUUUGAUCGUCACACCUUUAAAUUAGCAAACAAUAGUAUUUAUGGAAAAACAAUGGAAAAUGUGGACAGGAGAGUUGAUAUAAGACUUGUUACCGAAUGGGAAAAAAAUAAAAGGAAAGAUGGGGCUGAAAAUCUCAUUGCAAAGCCAUAUUUCAAGGACUUAACAAUUUUCUCAGAAAACUUAGUCGCCAUCCAAAUGCAAAAAAUACUAGUUACUUAUAAUAAACCAAUAUAUGUUGGCUUUUCCAUAUUAGAUAUUUCAAAAACGGUUAUGUAUGACUUCUAUUACAAUUUUUUAAAACCUUUGUAUAAAGAUAAUGUUUCUCUUCUGUAUACAGACACUGAUUCUUUUAUUCUUGAAAUUACAACAAAUAAUGUUUACCAUGAUAUGCAAAAGAAUAUUCAUAAAUUUGAUACCUCCAAUUAUGUACCUAAUAAUAUGCAUAAUAUGCCAAUAACACAAUCAGUUGUUGGUAAAUUUAAGGAUGAAUAUGCUGGUGAACCCAUUGAAUCUUUUUAUGGUACGGGGGCGAAAGCAUACUGUGUAAAAACCGAAAAUGGUUUAUUAAAGAAAGCCAAAGGUAUAAAAAAACAUGCUAUUAAAAAUCAGUUAGAUUUUAUUCACUAUAAAGAUGUAGUAGAAAAUAAUUCUAAAAUUUUUUGCUCCAUGUAUGUUUUUCGUUCUAGACUACAUACAAUUUUUACCGAAUUAAUACAUAAAAUUGCAUUGAAUUCUGAAGAUAAUAAAAGGUAUCAAAUUCCACAUGAUUUUAAAACACUUGCUUGGGGUCAUCAUGAUAUUUCAUUUUACCAGUGGAAUGCAGAUAAUCCAAACCUCGAUAUAUUUUUUAAAUAAUACAAUAUAUUUUAUAGAUAUAUAGAUUUAUACAGGAACAAAUAUAUUUUUAUGUAUUUUAGUUUUAACAUUUACCAUAAAACUUUACACAAUUAUGAAAAGUUGUACUUAUUAAAAGUAUAAUGUAUUAAAUAGCAUUCUACUCUGGAAUGAUUUAAAUUUAAUUCAUAAUUCCACUUAUGAGUGUUUUAAACUUGUUAUAAUUUAUAGAUAUUAGUUGUAGAUUUAUACAGAAACAAAUAUAUUUUUAUGUAUUUCAGUUUUACAAUAUUUUUUAAAUAAUACAAUAUAUUUUUUAUUUAGUUUUAACAUUUGUCAUAAAACUCUUUAAUGGUGUGAAACAUCAAACUUUACACAAAAUAGUUCACAUAGAUUCAUACAGAAACAAUUAUUUACCUAUGCACAAGACACAACACAAAAUAAAAACGAGUAACGAAAAACUGAAACCAUAAAACUUAUUUGAAGUGACUCAUAUAAUUUUGUUAAAUAAGUAAAAUAUAUUUUUACAUAAUGUACUUUAGGUUAUAUACUAUUUACAUUGUAUUACUAUACUAUUUACAUUGUAUUACUAUACUAUUUACAUUGUAUUACUUAUUAAUAAUAUACUUUUAUAUGAGUUAAUGCAUUUUCAAUGAAAAAUAUACCUACUUAUAGAAUA